UGCCGGUUGCUGUAGCAGCAGAAACAACAGCAUUCCCAGGGUUCUUGGAUGUGCAGCUGAAAUAAGAAAGCCACUGUGUGACGUGGCUGCUCUCUGUUACAGGUCCCGGCCUGAUCAGCUUCACUAUACACACACUCCUUUCAGUAACACACACUCUUAAUCUCAGCUCAGGGUUAACAGAAGCUGCACCGUUUUAUCAAACACAACCAACCCGUCAUUCAUCUGUCACUUUCCAUAUCACACACACAAUAACUGGUACGCAUUCCACACACUCGCCUUUUAGUUCAUCAUUAGCAUCAUGCUGAGCCAGGAGUUCCUGCAGAAGCUGAGGUUGCUAGAUCUGGAUGAUCUCAGACAGUAUUUCAGGGGUCUCUCCGCCCCCAUGUUGGUCAGCAUGGGUGCAGUGGCUGCUGCGACAACAUACUACCUGGCAACACGGCCCAAAGCCCUCCCACCGCUCUGCGACUACCGCAUGCAGUCAAUUGAGAUCCCGGGCGGAGAGUUGGCACGCCAAUCAGCUCUGCAGAGCGGUGAUGGUCCCAUCACAUAUUUCUACGAUGAUGCCAAAACAAUGUACGAGUUCUUCCUCAGAGGUGUUCGAAUCUCUGAUAAUGGUCCUUGUCUGGGCUCCAGGAAACCAAAACAGCCCUAUGAAUGGAUGUCCUACAGAGAGGUAAUGGAGCGCACAGAGAAUCUGGGUUCAGCAUUUCUUCACAAAGGACACUCCAAGACCACUGACCCACACAUUGGCAUCUUCUCUCAGAACAGACCUGAGUGGACCAUUAGUGAGCUGGCGUGUUACACCUAUUCUCUGGUGUCAGUCCCUCUGUAUGACACACUGGGAACAGAAGCCAUCCAAUACAUUAUAGACAAAGCUUCCAUCUCGACGAUAGUGUGCGACGUGGUGGAUAAAGUCAACCUGGUGCUGAACUGUGUUAAGGACAGGGAACACUCUGUGAAAACCAUCGUGCUCAUGGAGACCCCCAGUGACGAGCUGGUCAGCAGGGGGCAACAGGCUGGAAUCCACAUCCUCAGCCUGCAGGAGAUGGAGGCAAUCGGGAAGUCCAACCAUCGCCAACCAGUGCCUCCACAACCUGACGACCUGGCUCUCAUCUGCUUCACCAGUGGAACAACAGGAAACCCAAAGGGAGCUAUGUUAACGCAUAAGAAUAUUGUGUCGAACUGCUCAGCCUUCAUCAAACUGACAGAGGUCUCCUGUCCAAUGUCUCCCAGUGAUGUCCAUAUUUCCUUCCUGCCCUUGGCUCAUAUGUUUGAGAGGCUAGUACAGGCACUGAUGAUUGUUCAGGGAGCCAAGAUCGGCUUUUUCCAGGGAGAUAUCCGUCUGCUUUCAGACGACCUGAACACGCUGAGGCCUACUGUGUUCCCUGUGGUACCCCGACUGCUAAACAGAAUGUAUGAUAAGAUUUUGGGGCAGGCCAACACCACUUUGAAGCGCUGGCUGCUGAAUUUUGCCUACCGUAGGAAGGAGGCAGAGAUGAAGAAAGGCAUCAUGAGGAGAGACAGUAUCUGGGAUCGACUCAUCUUCCAGAAGGUCCAGGCCAGCCUUGGAGGUCGCGUGCGUCUCAUACUAACCGGUGCUGCUCCCAUCUCUCCUACUGUCCUCACCUUCAUCAGAGCUGCAAUGGGCUGUCAGUUCUAUGAAGGCUAUGGACAGACGGAGUGUACUGCUGGAUGCACCAUGACCAUGCCCGGUGAAUGGAAUGCAGGUCAUGUUGGCGCUCCUCUGCCCUGUAACACAAUCAAAUUGGUAGAUGUGCCUGAGAUGAACUACCUGGCUGUGAACGGAGAAGGAGAGGUGUGUGUGAAGGGUCCCAACGUGUUCCAGGGCUAUCUGAAGGACCCUGAGAGGACUGCGGAGGCUAUCGAUGCAGAUGGAUGGCUUCACACUGGAGACAUUGGAAAAUGGCUUCCUAAUGGCACACUGAAGAUCAUGGACAGAAAGAAGCACAUCUUUAAGCUGGCGCAGGGGGAGUACAUUGCUCCUGAGAAGAUCGAGAAUAUCUACAUUAGGUGCGAUGCAGUGGCACAGGUCUUUGUGCAUGGAGACAGUCUGCAGGCGUGUCUGGUAGCAGUGGUGGUUCCUGACCCUGACUUCCUGUCUGGCUGGGCCAAGAGGACCCUGGGACUGGAGGGCAGCUAUCAGGAACUAUGUGGCAAAGCGGAAGUCAAGGCAGCCAUCUUGGAGGACAUGGUGCGACUGGGCAAGGAAGGAGGCCUCAAGUCGUUUGAGCAGGUGAAGGCCAUCUACGUCCACACCGAGCUGUUCUCGAUCGAGAACGGCCUGCUCACUCCAACACUGAAGGCCAAGAGGACCGAACUGCGGCAACACUUUAGAUCUCAGAUAGAGGAGCUGUACGCUGGGAUCAAGCUGUAAAAGGAGAGACAGGGAGCAAAAUGGAAUAACAGACACUUAAGUUCUAACAAAGUGUGUUUUUAGAGAAAGAGAAAUGGUAAAGCACACAUGGCGGAGCAAAUGAAGAGGUCCUGUCAUCAGCCUGUUUGGUCCUUAUGGUCAGUAACACGACAAACAACAGGAACAGGACCGGAUGUAGCGUUUAACGGAAAUUUAAAUCAGAGCAUUUAGAACAAAAUUGAUGACCUAUAGGAGCUACGGUAGAGAAUACAAGACCUCUUAAGGUCUAGAGUAGAUUUUAUUCUUAAAAUAAACGUGUCUAUGAUAAAAUAUUCUAUGUACAGUACAAAUUCUGCAAUUAUGUUUUGAUUCUAAUCAGCUUUUUUGUGAUAGCGUCACCAUUAAGGGUGUUUUAAAGGGAAACUAUUAAAGUGCAGCUUUGACAUCUCAGGACUUUAGUGUCGAGAACCACACAGUACGUCAUACACACACACACACACACACACACACAAUUUUAACUUCAAGACGUGUACCACUAAAACGGGUUUACUGAGGGACAAAUGUUGGAUCAGGAGCCAUAUUGAUCACUGCAACCCAAACAGCUCCACGCUAUAAUAUAAAGUUUCAGGUCUUUGAUGAGAGUGUUUUUGUCAAAUGUUAUUUUAACUAAGAUUUUCAAGUUUGUUCUGUAGAAAGUUGAAAUCUACAAUGGUUACCGAGAUUCUUUCAGGUCCUUAAAUCUUGUAAUGAAAUAAGCUUGGGUCCAGUUAGGACACCGGGAACCAGCUGAGUAAGCCAUCUUAAAGGUCAUGUAAACAAAGCAAACUGUAAACAAGGGAUUUUGGUGCUAAAGAAUAGAAAGGGAAAAGGGAAAUGGUUUCAAUGUUUUAAUUUAUUUAUGAUGUUAACAUAAGGGGAAAGAGUUGUUGAAGGCAUCUGUUUUCUUAAGUUAUUUCAUCAUGCUGUCGUAGGGUGAAACUAUUCAUUUAAAAAUGACAUUGACUAAAUGACAUCCUUUUGAAUGUUUAUGGUUUUAAGUUAAUGAAAGUACAUUUGAAUGUGGACUUGCUAUAACUGUUUUUACUGUCAUUUCAGAUUUGUUUUGUAAAAACUGUAAUUAAA